UGCAAUUCCAACCUUACGACACCAUAACACUCGCCUUUUUCCUCCUCCUCCUCCUCCUGCUGCUGCUUGCUACAUCUCUGCACAAUCGUCUCGAGAAUCAAUCCCUCUUUCUCUCUGUGUUCUAGGUUUGUCUGGAGAAUAAGUAGAGAGCAGGCAUACUUUGUCGCAGCGAGACCACCCCACACAAACAUUGUUCUGGCUUCACCGCAACCAGUGGAACGUCUCCGAGUUGCACGCGACCUGCACCCGUCAUUGGAGAACCUCGAUUCGACAUCUGCCAUCAUAGCCAAUAUGGAGGGUCGACCACAGAAUGUUGGCAUCAAAGCCAUUGAGCUCUACUUUCCAAGCCAAUGCGUCGACCAACGCGACCUGGAAAAGUUCGACGGCGUCAGCGAAGGCAAAUACACCAUCGGCCUCGGGCAAACCAAAAUGAGCUUCUGCGACGACCGGGAAGACAUGUACUCCAUCGCCCUCACCACCCUCUCCUCCCUCUUCAAGAAGUACAACGUCGACCCAGCCUCGAUUGGAAGGCUGGAAGUGGGCACGGAAACUCUGCUCGACAAGUCCAAGAGCGUCAAGAGUGUCCUGAUGCAACUGUUCGAGAAGUCGGGAAACUUCAACGUUGAGGGCGUAGAUACUGUUAAUGCUUGCUACGGCGGCACGAACGCGCUGUUCAACACAAUCAACUGGUUCGAGUCGUCGGGCUGGGACGGACGGGAUGCAGUCGUCGUUGCGGGAGAUAUUGCGUUGUACAAGAAGGGUGCCGCAAGACCCACCGGCGGCGCAGGCUGCAUUGCUAUGCUGGUUGGCCCCGACGCGCCACUUGUCUUCGAGCCGGGUCUUCGUGGAAGUUACAUCACGCACGCCUACGACUUCUACAAAGCCGAUCUGACGAGCGAGUACCCGCUCGUCGACGGUCAGUACUCGAUCAAGUGCUACACGGAAGCGGUGGACAACUGCUACAAGGCCUACAACGCUCGCGAGCAGAAGCUCAAGUCCCAGGCGAACGGCCACAGCAAUGGAGUGCAUGCGGAGCCUGAAACGCCUCUCGAUCGAUUCGACCACAUGUGCUUCCACGCGCCGACUUGCAAGCUCGUCUCCAAGAGUUACGCCCGCCUGCUAUACAACGACUACCUCGCCGACCCAGAGAACCCACUGUUCAAAGACGUCCCCACCGAACUCAAAGACAUGCCAUACGACCAAUCCAUCUCUGACAAGACCGUGGAAAAAACCUUCGUCGGCCUCUCGAAGAAACGUUUCGCCCAGCGCGUCCAACCAACCAUCGAGGUCCCCACCAUGUGCGGAAACAUGUACUGCGCCUCGGUCUACUCCUCCCUCGUCUCACUCAUCAGCAACAUCAGCUCCGACGACCUGCAGGGUAAGCGGGUAGGCAUCUUCUCCUACGGCUCCGGUCUCGCUUCGUCAAUGUUCUCGCUGCGUAUCAAGGGCAGCACGGACGAGAUUCGGGAGAAAGUGGAUUUGCAUAAGCGGUUGGAGAGUCGGAGGACUGUGCCGCCGGAGGUGUAUGAUGAGAUGUGCAAUUUGCGUGAGCGGGCGCACUUGAAGAAGAACUUUACGCCGGUUGGGAGUGUUGAGACCAUCUUUCCCGGUACUUACUACCUGACUGGUAUCGACGAUAUGUUCCGGAGGAGUUAUGCGGUUAAGCAAUGAAGAGGGGACAAGACCGGCAUUUUUUUUACAGUGCAUACCUACAUCGGGCGUGAGAGAGAGGUCGGUUGAUAGACUUCUCGGCCAUGUUUGAAGGUGCUUUUCACUUCUGCAGCGGCGCGGUUAGCAUGACGCAUUUUCGAGCAGUCUCUUCCGCGCGUUCCGAGCGGUAAGUAACAUAGAGCCGAGAGCGUGGCUGAUGGUGUCAGAGUUGUGACAGCACCGAUGGCUCGUAUAAUGCCGUGCGCACAAAAGACACGCCUGCUCGGGAAUGAAACAUGCUUGAAUUCAUAUCAUUCCGUCAUUGGGACAUUGAUCUCCUUGGCUGAAACGUGCCUGCUUGUCGAGCCGUUGUGACGUUGAAUGCCAGCGAAGUAGAGCAUUGUAGUUGUCUGCGGUCUAUGAAGGAACGCCGCCGUGGGCUUAUUAAGGAGCUAGAGAGCGGCCCUAAUAACGGCGCGAGUGAGAUUGGUGGUUGUACUGUAGGC